CGCAGCGGCCAUGGCUGAGUCUGGAGAUGCUGCGCUGGCGGAGCAAUUCCGAAGAUAUGUGUCUGAAGGAAAGCAAGAGGCCCGUAAUGGGAAUCUGGAGGAAUCCAUCAGACUGUUCCGACAAGCCCUUGAGAUCCACCCCAGUGAAAAGGUGAUGGCGAACAUAAAAAAGCUGGAGGAAGCCUUAGCUUCAUUAACCCUGGAUCAGGAGGACGACGACUUUGUGGACGUGUGUCAAAGCGGACUGAUGCUCUACGGAGAAAUGUAUGAUAAACUUUUUGACCAUCAGAGGGAAGGGGUCGCCUUCUUGUACAGCUUGUACAGAGAUGGCAGGAAAGGUGGCAUCUUGGCAGACGACAUGGGCUUGGGCAAAACCAUUCAGAUCAUUGCUUUCCUCUCAGGCAUGUUUGACGCAGAAUACAUCCGAUCUGUGUUGCUAAUUGUGCCAACCACCCUCAUCAGCAACUGGACAAGAGAGUUUGCCAGCUGGGCUCCAGGCUUGCGGGUGAAGGUCUUCCAUGGUCCAUGCAUAGCCGAACGCACCAGGAAUCUCGAGCGGGUCCAGAGGCGGCAUGGUGUCGUGCUCACAACUUAUCAUAUGCUACUCAACAAUUGGCAGCAGCUGUCCACCUCUGGCACGGAGGAGUUUUUCUGGGACUAUGUCAUCCUUGACGAAGCACAUAAAAUCAAAACUCCCUCAGCCAAAAUGACAAAAUGUGCCCAUGCCAUCCCUUCCAAAAACCGCAUCCUCCUUACAGGGACCCCGGUCCAAAACAACCUAAAAGAACUCUGGGCCCUCUUUGACUUUGCUUGUCAAGGUUCGCUGCUCGGCACUAUGAAAACCUUCAGGAUGGAAUAUGAGAACCCCAUCACUACUGCCAGGGCAAAGGAUGCAACGCCAGGAGAGAGAGCACUGGGGCUUAAGAUCUCUGAAAACCUGAUGUCUAUCAUCAAGCCAUAUUUCCUAAGACGGAGCAAAGAUGAACUGCAGAAGAAAGUUAUUCCUGAACUUAAAAGCAAUCUUCCUGCCUUUCAGAGUAAGGAUGCCGCUCCUGCAAUGCCUUCUCUCCCCAGGAAAAAUGAGUUCAUCGUAUGGGUGUUCUUGGCACCCAUUCAAGAGGAAAUAUAUAGGAAAUUUCUUUCUUUGGAUCAUAUCAAGGAGUUGUUGACUACAACAAGGUCUCCACUGGCUGAACUGAAUGUCCUAAAGAAGCUCUGUGAUCAUCCCAGGCUGUUAUCUGCAAGAGCCUGCAGCCAACUUGGUCUGGAAGCAUCAGAUUAUAAUGAGCCAGAUGGUGGUGAAACUGAAGCCGACGAGCAUCUGCACAGGAACAUUGAACAUAUUUCUGAUGAGAUUCUGAUCAAGGAGUCUGGGAAGUUACGUUUCCUUGUGGCCCUGUUGGAGCGACUGCAAGAGGAGGGACACAGAACUCUGGUGUUUUCCCGGUCAAGAAAAAUGCUAGACAUUAUUGAGCGCAUUUUAACUCACAGACGCUUUAAGCUCAUGCGCAUUGAUGGAAAGGUGACUCAUUUGAUGGAGCGAGAAAAGAGGAUUGGGAUGUUUCAGGAGAGCAAUGACUACUCUGUCUUCUUGCUUACAACCCAAGUAGGUGGAGUUGGCUUAACCUUAACCGCCGCCACCAGAGUGGUGAUUUUUGAUCCUAGCUGGAAUCCAGCUACAGAUGCUCAGGCUGUGGACAGAGCUUACAGAAUUGGGCAAAAAGCGAAUGUUGUGAUCUACCGGCUAAUUACCUGCGGGACGGUGGAAGAGAAAAUCUACCGAAGGCAAGUCUUCAAGGACUCGCUAAUACGGCAAAGCACAGGGGACAAGAAGAACCCAUUCAGAUAUUUCACUAUGCAAGAGCUGAGAGAGCUCUUCAUACUGGAAGAUGCUCGGAGCUCAUUGACACAACUCCAGCUGCAAUCCUUGCAUGCCAGCCAAAGGAAGACAGAUACUCAGCUGGAUGAGCAUAUUGCGUAUCUCCACUCACUGGAGAUAUUUGGCAUCUCUGACCAUGAUUUGAUGUAUACGCAUGAAACAGUUCAUGAAGAUGAAGUUGAGAAUGAAGAAGAUCAGAGGUACAUUGAACACAGAGUACAGAAAGCCCAGGAGUUGGUGCAGCUAGAAUCACAACUGAACAACCAACUGAUAGGAAGCAUGAGAAACACAACAGAAGGAGCGUGGCUGAGAGAAAUGGAAUUAUCCACCCAACCAAAGAAGAAAACACCCAAACCUUCUCAGAAUCAUGCCCUAUCUGCUUCUGUUCUGCCCACAAAUAAUGAAGUUGUCACUCUUGUAACUGAUGAUGAUGAUGAUGAUGACAAUAAUAAGGAUGACAACGGUUCUAAUGACAUUGUCAAUGUAAGCUCUAAAAUGACAAGACUAGAUGUUGAGGAUGUGGAUGAUGAACGAAUACUUCGGGACAUAUCUAAUAUGGAUAUGUCCCUUUCCAAGAAUGAAGAAUACACAUCAGUGAGAAUACAAGACUUUGACCGAGAGCAAAAUCAAAGCACGGUGUCCUCUUUUCCUCAAGCUAAUAAGGAGAAUUGCCAUCCAAAAUUUGAAACGGUCUCCCAUGAUCUACUAGCUCAAGAUGUGGACAAUGAACAAAUGCUCCAGGAUAAAUCUAACAUGGACAUAUCCCUUUCCAGGAAUGAAGAGUGCAAAUCAGCUCAGUUACAAGAACAUGAUCCAAAGGCUAUGUCACCCCUUCCUACUACUCCCUUAUUAUCUAAUAAGGAAAAUUGCAGUCCUGGAUCCCAAAGAAUUUCCUGUGCGCUAUCUGCUGAAGCAAAUAUGAAGAGUAAUGAUGUUCAAGUGGAACCACUGCAGCAGUCAUAUGAAUCUAUUUCUGGUGACAAGCAACUAACCAGGACUGAACUGUCUCCUAAUGUUGUAAGAAAACUAUAUGAAGUCAACAGUGAGGAUUCUCUUGGAUAUAAGAAGAACCCAGUCAGGAGAAUAGUUUCAGAUGAUGAAGAGGAGCCAUAUGAUCUUGUAAUUAAUGAUGAUGACAGCAAUGGCAGUGAUGCUGGUGAAGUUAUUAAUAUAAGCUCUAGAUUGACAAGUCUACAUGUUGAGGAUAUGGAUGAUGAACAAAUGCUUCGGGACACAUCUAAUAUGGACAUAUCCCUUUCCAAGACUGAAGAAUGCAAAUCAGCCAGCUCACAACGCAAUCAAAGCAAUGUGUCUCCUUUUCCUCAAGCUAACUUGUUCUCUUCCAAGGACAAUUGCCAUCCAGAAUUUAAACUGAUCUCCCAAGAUCUACCUGCCCAACAUGUGGACAAUGAACAAAUGCUUUGGGACAAAUCUAACAUGGACAUAUCCCUUUCCAAGAAUGAAGAGAGCAAAUCAGCCCAGUUACAAGAACGUGAACAUAACCUUGAUCUGAAGGCUAUGUCAUCUUUUCUUACUGCUCCCUCAUUAUCUAACAAGGAAAAUUCCAGUCAUGAAUCCCAAAGAAAUUCUUCUGAACCAUCUGCUAAAGUAAACAUUAAGGGUAAUGAUGUCGAAGUGGAACCAUUGCAGUGGUCAUCUGAAUCUGUUUCUGGUGACAAGAGGCAAGUAACCAGGACUGAACUAUCUUCUGAUGUUGCUAGAAAACCAUAUGAAGAAGCUUGUGAAAUAUAUGAGCUAGAUGCUGCAGUAUCAUUUCAGCCACAACCCAACAAUAUAUCAAUGUGUACUGCAGAGCAGGAAUCUGAAAUGAUGCUGCAAAAUGAAUCUUUGACUACUCCUUCUCCGUACCAGGCUAAUUUCAACCUUGUCCUGGAGGAUUCUGAAGAUGAACUCCAGGUUGUAUCAAAAGAAGAAAUGUCGCUGGAGGAAACCAGCAAUGAAGGAUUUCAGCUGAGAAUGGACAGUCGCCAUAGUUCUGCAUCUCAUUCUUGGGCAGGGGAAAAUGAAGACAAUGGAAGCCCCCCAGCAAGAAAAAACGUAAUGGGAUCCAUGCUUCUGGGUGGCUCUCAUAGGCUAUCCGAUGCCCUGAUGGACAACAGUGAGGUUUCUUUUUAUUACAAGAAGAAGCCAGUCAGAAGAAUAGUUUCAGAUGAUGAAGAAGAGCAGAUUGAGCUCAUAACUGAACAGGAUGACAGCAAGCAUGGAGAAAUAUCAGCCUUGCACAAUGUAGAUGUCAUCUGUAUGUCAACCCCAAAGUCCAAUGGUCCCGUGGCUAGUCUCUGUUUCUCCCCAAGAGUGAAGGUUAGCGGAAGAAGGUCAACUGCUUCUCGAAGAUCCCUGGCCAAUUUGGUCAUGGAUCAGGUGGAAGACGUGGUGGAAGUGGUGGAAUCUGAGAGUGAUGUGCCUCCAGUAAGUUCUUCACAAAACAACACAGAAAAAGAAAUGAUCCAGAUUUCCAGUAGGCAGGAUUCAACAGAGCCUUUGGAAGAAACACUGGACUCUGAGAACAGAUCCAGCUAUCUGUAUGAAACAGCCUCUAUUGGGGAUGAGUCUUCUCUUUGAAGACUUUGGAAGAGCCAUUCCUGCUCUUCUUGAAACAACAAAGCUGUUUGCAGUUCCUAAGGGAAAAAAACAUGGCAUUAGCUUUGUAACACUGGCACACAUCAUCCAGAGCUUUUCUUCCUCCUGCAUCUGUUUGGGAUGUGUGAAAUGGGGAAGAAACGACGGGUGUAAGAACACUUUGAAUUGUUUGCUGGCCUUUGGCCGAUGUGUUAAAGACAGCCUAGCACUAUUUGUACUUGUUUUGUGUAUAUAGUUGUUUUGAAUUUGGUGUUGCUAAAACUACUUUGCACCCAAGCGCCAAAAGGGACAGCAGAGAGAUGGCUCUUCUCACCCGGGAAAGGUUUUCAGAUACUUUUAUCCUUCUGGCAAGCUUAAAGCAUUGCUUGGAUCACUGAAUCUACAUCUGCUUCAAAAUCUGGUUGUUAUGAUUUAUCUUGGAGGUAGCUGCUAUGGGUUAAAAAUACACUUGGUUUUACUUUCCAAACCUUCUGUGUGUCUUGCUAUAUUUUCCCUCCUUGGAGUUAGAUUUCCACAGAUUGGAUUAGGAAGGUAUUGUUGAACAGCAGCUUCUAUCAUCCCUGACUCUUGGUUGUGUUUACUAAAGUUGAUGGGAACUGCAGCUCAACAAUAUCCAGAGGGCUACAGGUAACCUGCCCCUACCAGAAAGCAAGUAGCAAGAUAUGAUGAGAUUUGCCUUUCCCAGAUAUGUGAUGUUCACUUGUUUGUGGAAGCCUGGUAUAGACAGCUCUUGAAGGAAUGCUUCCUUUCAGAGACCCAGUUCCCAUGAGGCUGUCAGCCUGGGCUUGGGUUGUAUCACUUCAGAUCUGGAAACUCAGAAGGCUGAGGAUUAUUCAUACCAAACAUCCCCUCUACCUAGAAAACAAGAAAUAGGCAAAAUUCGAACCCACCUUCCAGUCCUCUGGAUAAAUGGGAAAGGUUGCCAAAGUAUGGCUUGGAAACAAGAGGCCAGAUGUUGGUUGAUUUACUACCAUUCCUCACCACUGGCAUAAAAGUGAUGGAACUGGAGUUCAACAACCUCUAGAGCAGCCGUUCCUAAACUUUGGUCUUCAGCUCCCAGAAGCUCCAGCCAACUUGGCCAACAGUUAGGAAUUCUGGGUGCUGAAGUCCAAAACACCCGGAAGAUCAAAGUUUGGGAACCACUGAUUCUAGCGGAGGACAGGUACCCCAGCCUUUGUAAAAUAGCCUUCGCAUUUUGAAGGAAAACUUGGUAUGGUGUAACAGGGAUGCUCAAACCAGCCUUGAUCCUUUUCCUCCUCUGAGAUAAUGGUCCAAAACACACUGCAGAAAUAAUCCAAUUUGAGA